AUGUUCUCCCGCUAUGCUGUACUCUCUGAGGACUACGAUCCUAACAAACUCGAUAGGCCGCGCAGCCUCAUCUCAAAGCCCUCCUCAGUCACCAGUAGACCACGGAAAACUCGACCUCGAUUCCAACCUGGUCAAAUCUGCGUUGUCAAAGAAUCCACGUUCACACCUUUGUCCGAAGCUUUGGGGCAAGCCCAGGGUCCACUGGCCUUGCGGGAAGGCUCUUCGUUGACUAUUAACAAUGGUCGCCUCACUCCCGUUUCUUCUGGGAAGGAAAGACCCUGCAUUAUCAUGGAUCCCCCGGCUGGAUUUAAGCACACUGAUGGUCGUCGGAGGAAGGGCUAUUUCAUCUGCGUAAUGGCUACGUUUGCAUGUUCUGGUGGCGAUUAUAGACGUCUUGGAAACCUUCUCCAGCGAUUUGUCGUUCCUGUGGAGCCGAACGUGCAGCUUCUCCCUGACUUAGAAAUGGAUGCACUGAAGACGAACCCAGCUUGGCGCCAUCCUCUUCAGUGGGCAAUCGCUUUUGUAAUAUACACGGAGCAGCCCGUUAGGCCUUUUAAGUCUCGCAGUGAUGGUCGAGGCCGGCGACUCCCCAACACCGAAUACAACCGACUGGCCCAGCAUUGUUACAAUCAGCGAAAGCGAUGGCUGCGCGAUACACUCGAGAAUCAAGACUUGAGGCAAAAGAUGUUCGAGGAACUUGUGGACUGGAAACCUGAUCCACUCUUUGCCGACAACGCAUCAUUAUACUCGUACCUUUCCGAUGUGUUUGGUUUGUCUAUCGACACUCUCAAAUCAUUAUAUCCAAUUUCUCGUGGUGGAAGUGUUAUAACGUUGGACACGAUCUUCGAAAACACCGCUUCCACAUAUCCCACCUUUACACUUGAGGACUUCCCGCCCCUGCCCUUGAGGGUCUGUGAAGUAUAUUAA